GUCCGAGAGCGCGGGUCACGAGUGCCAGCGCGGCCGACGGCGGCGGCGACAUGGCCUCGGAGCUGGACGUGCGCGCCCGGCUGCAGCGCGCCGGCCAGGAGCACCUCCUGCGCUUCUGCGCCGAGCUGGCGCCGGGCCCGCGUGCCGCGCUGCUGGCCCAAUUGGAGCUCCUGGAGCCCGAGGCGCUGCGCGAGCACUGCCGGCGCGCGGCCGCCGCCUGCGCGCGCCCUCCGGCCCCCGCGCCUGACCUGGCCGCGCGCCUGCGGCCCCUGCCUCCCGAGCGCGUAGGCUGCGCGAGCGGGGUCGCCCCCCAGACGCGGCGGCUCUGGGAGGAGGAAGGUUUCCACCAGAUCGCCCUGAACAAGGUGGCUGUGCUGCUGCUGGCUGGUGGGCAGGGCACUCGCCUGGGCGUGACCUACCCCAAGGGCAUGUAUCAGGUGGGGCUGCCCAGCCAGAAGACCCUGUAUCAGCUGCAGGCAGAACGGAUUCGGCGGGUGGAGCAGCUGGCUGGCGAGCGCUAUGGGACCCGCUGCACCGUGCCCUGGUACAUCAUGACCAGUGAGUUCACUCUGGAGCCCACAGCCAAGUUCUUCAAGGAGCAUGACUUCUUCCACUUGGACCCCAACAACGUGGUCAUGUUUGAACAGCGCAUGCUGCCUGCUGUGACCUUCGAUGGCAGGGCCAUCCUAGAGCAGAAAGACAAGGUUGCCAUGGCGCCAGAUGGCAACGGGGGCCUGUACUGCGCGCUGGCGGACCACCAGGUCUUAGAGGACAUGGAGCGGCGCGGAGUAGAGUUUGUGCACGUGUACUGUGUGGACAACAUCCUGGUGCGACUGGCCGACCCGGUCUUCAUCGGCUUCUGCGUGCUGCGGGGUGCCGACUGUGGAGCCAAGGUGGUGGAAAAGGCGUCCCCCGAGGAGCCGGUGGGUGUGGUGUGCCAGGUAGACGGCGUCCCGCAGGUGGUGGAGUACAGCGAGAUCAGCCCCGAGACGGCCCGGCUGCGUGCGCCCGGAGGGGGCCUGCUCUACAACGCGGGCAACAUCUGCAACCACUUCUUCACGCGAGACUUCCUCCAGAUGGCCACCAGGGAGUUCGAGCCCUUGCUGAAGCCACACGUGGCUGUGAAGAAGGUCCCCUACGUGGAUGAGCAAGGGAAUCCAGUAAAGCCACUCGAGCCCAACGGGAUAAAGAUGGAGAAGUUCGUGUUUGACGUGCUGCCGUUUGCCAGGAACUUCGUGGCCUUCCAAGUGCUGCGGCGAGAGGAGUUCUCCCCUCUGAAGAACGCUGACUCGGCUGAGAGAGACAACCCCUCCACAGCGCGGCGGGCCCUGCUCGCUCAGCACCACCGGUGGGCCCUGCAGGCGGGAGCCCACUUCCUGGACACACACGGGGCCCGGCUCCCCGAGCAGCCCAGCCCACCCGGCAGCGGAGAGCCUCCGGCCAUCUGCGAGAUCUCGCCCUUGGUGUCAUACUCCGGAGAGGCUGACUUGGCAUCUCACCCGGAGCCCAGGGGCUGGAUACCUGGGCAUCAUGACCUGCUUGUUUCCAGGGACUGGAGGUGUACCUGCGAGGCCGGGAGUUCGGGUCCCCACUCAUCCUGGACGUGGACACGGCCAGGACACUGCAGGCCUGACUCCCUCCUAGACCUGCCGGCCCCGGGGUCCCCAAGGCUGAGGAAGCAGCCCCGGCCUGGGCUCCAAGGAGGAAAGCAGGCUUCUCUGAGUUUCUGACUGAGAACAUGGACCACAGAGGGUGGGAACUGUCCCGCCUCCCGCUCCCCUGGGCCCGUGACCGCAGGCCCGCUGUGGGCCCACUCGGCCUCUCUGGCUUUGCUUCUGCUGUGGGGUCCAGGCCGCAGGCAGAGGGACUCAGGACCUUGCGCAGUGGGGCUCAGAGGAGGCUGAUGGGGGCCCGAGGGAGUGUAGCCGCUCCGGCCUGAGCUGAGGCCUGACGGGACAGGACGGGGCAGGACGGCAUGGUGGCUCCCCGGCCCCAGGCGAAGCCGCACGGUGAGAAGCAGCAACCGCCCCGCGCUUCUCUGCAGAGAUGAGGACAGUGUCCUCCCCUCACAGGGCGACAAGUUGGAAGCGGCUGCCCCUCCCUCCCUGGCAGCUGAACCUAGGGGCCGAGGCCCAGCCCCCUUCCCCGCCCGGCUGAGACCGACAGCAGGUCGGGAUGGCUCUCCGGAAGCUUGGCCUGCACGCCUGGCACUGAGUUCUCUCGAGUUCCGCCCGAGGCCUCGGCCCCCAGGAACCAGUGGGACUGAUGCCGGUGCCGGGGGCUCCCGUGGUGGCUGAUUAGUCUGGAGUUUCACCAGGAGGGGAGCGCCGUCCCCGCCCAGCCUGCCGGCAGCUGCUGACGGAUCCCGGGGCUCACACUCCGCCCCUGCUCUCUGGGGCCGUGGCCCCCUUGCUGCACCCCGGCAGCCUGGCCGAGGCAGGGAGAAACCAGCUGGCUCUGGUCUCUUGCCCCUGACGUGGCUGCUCUGGGUGCCAGUGCCCGAUGUCCCAUCUGGAGAGCAGCAGGCGGCACCGGCCUCUUCCUGCUGACGUGGAGCGCAUCAUAAAACGCAGCCUGCCCAGCCGACGCCGCCCGCCCCCUCGCCGCUCCACAGUCCACGCGCAGCAGUGCUUUCCCCCGGGAAGGAUGCUGUCCGGCGGUGGGUUCAGAGGCGGUGAUCCCUCUAGCGACUUGGAGUGGACGGUGGCUGCGUCCACGCCUCCCAACCUGGGCGUGCCGGCGGGGUCAGGGCCACGCCCAAGGCCCACAGGACGACUUUGCAUCCACCCAGGCGCUGCCACGUUUUUCAAGCCUCAGAAUCGAACCUUGUGCCUUAGUUUCCUUCUCCCCGCUGCUCCACAGGCGAGCAGAGGGCCUGGGGCAGCGGAGGGUCGCCAAGGGGGAGGCCGAGGUUGAGGCUCCCGCCGCGGCCCAGGGGCUCCUGACUGCCACACAGGGGCACCCGGCAACCUUUUUGCUACACAAGUACAGUUAGUGGGGUAAACUGCUGAAGCAGCUCGCUUUUGAAAACGCUUUCUAUUUCCACGUGAAGUUUCACACGUAGCACAGAGGGGUCCGGGCUACCCUGCACUGGGUUUCCUGCAAUGUUUACAUCUUCCGUGAUGCUAGGACACUGUGACCAGGAGACCCUGCUUGUGCUGAGCCCUUUCUCACAGGUGAGGCUCCCCUGUGCCCACCUAGCGCUCGGGGGCAGCGCGGUCGGUGGGUCCCUUCGCCACACGGGCCUCCCUCCUGCUCCCCUGAGGGCCACACGCCCCCACCAUCUCUAACCCAGACGGCCGCUAGUGAAGCAAUUGAGUUGAAAGACGGCAGACCCUCGAUUUUCCACAGAAUGUGGGGAUUCCCAAUAAACACGAGGCGCUGUGAUGCCGCCCGG